AUGGCGUCUUUCGCCAAUCCCACGCAAAUCUUUGCGGACGAUGUCAUCGAAGAGAAGGGCGAGAACGCCCGUCUUUCCGCCUUCGUCGGUGCUAUUGCCGUCGGUGACCUGGUGAAGAGUACCCUCGGACCAAAAGGAAUGGACAAGAUCCUGCAGUCAGCGUCGACCGGCGAAAUCCUCGUGACGAAUGACGGUGCUACGAUCCUAAAGGCUAUUGCGCUCGAUAACGCUGCGGCAAAGGUGCUGGUGAACAUCUCUAAGGUGCAGGAUGACGAAGUCGGUGACGGUACGACAUCCGUCACUGUGUUGGCGGCGGAGCUGCUCCGGGAGGCAGAGAAGCUGGUGAACCGCAAGAUCCAUCCCCAGACUAUCAUCGAAGGUUUCCGGAUAGCCAGUAAGGCAGCUCUCGAGGCCCUCGAGAAGGCCGCUGUCGACCGUAGCAAGGAUAUGGAGGCAUUCCGCAGAGACCUCCACUCCAUUGCCCGCACAACACUCAGCUCCAAGGUCCUGGCCCAGGACCGCGACCACUUUGCCACCCUCGCCUGUGAUGCCGUCCUCCGUCUCAAGGGCUCGACCGAUCUCAGUCAUAUUCAGGUGAUUAAGAAGGCCGGUGGAAAGCUCAGUGACUCCUACCUGGAUGAGGGAUUCAUCCUCGACAAGAAGAUCGGUGUUAACCAGCCCAAGCGUCUGGAGAAUGCUAAGAUCUUGGUUGCCAACACCGCCAUGGACACGGAUAAGGUCAAGAUCUUUGGUGCACGUGUGAAGGUCGAGUCGACCGGCAAGCUGGCCGACCUGGAGAAGGCAGAGCGUGACAAGAUGAGGGCCAAGGUUGAGCGGAUCAAGUCUCACGGCAUCAACUGCUUCGUUAACCGUCAACUCAUCUACAACUGGCCCGAGCAGCUGUUCACUGAGGCUGGUAUCAUGUCCAUUGAACACGCCGAUUUCGACGGUAUCGAGCGAUUGGCCCUUGUCACCGGUGGUGAGAUUGCCUCGACUUUCGAUCACCCCGACCAAGUCCAGCUCGGCCAGUGCGAUCUCAUCGAGGAGGUUAUCGUCGGUGAAGACACUCUCAUCAAGUUCUCGGGUGUGGCUGCCGGUCAGGCUUGCACAAUCGUUCUGCGUGGUGCCACUGAGCAGCUGCUCGAUGAAGCAGAGCGUUCCCUCCACGAUGCUCUUGCAGUCCUGUCUCAGACUGUCAAGGAUCCCCGAGUAACUCUGGGUGGUGGCUGUGCUGAGAUGGUUAUGUCCAAGGCCGUUGAGCACGCUGCUCAGAACACAACAGGCAAGAAGCAGUUGGCUGUCGACUCCUUCGCACAUGCCCUCAAGCAGUUGCCUACUAUCCUGGCCGACAACGCUGGUCUCGACUCCAGUGACCUGGUUACCCGUCUGCGACAGGCAGUCAACAACGGCAUGAACUGCUCCGGAUUGGACCUGCUGACCCCUGGUGGAGGAAUUGCUGACAUGCGUGAGUUGGGUGUGGUGGAGAGCUACAAGUUGAAGAAGGCUGUUGUUUCUUCCGCAUCGGAAGCUGCCGAGCUUCUUCUUCGUGUUGACAACAUCAUCCGGGCUGCACCUCGCCGGAGAGAGCGCAUGUAA